AUGACUGAAGUAGGAGAUUUGUGCCAUAUAUGGGGUAACUUACCUCUUAUGACUGGCACUGCGUUUAUUCUACUCACAAACUUGGCCCAAGUUUUAAAAUGUUUAAACAUUGUUGCACGAAGAAGGACAAUAAUAAAAAUUAUUACCGACGGUAGUAAAGAUUUAAGUGAGGAAAAAAGUAUCGAAGGGCGUAGUAUUAUAGAAAGUUUUAAUCAAGAGACACGUCAGCAUCAAUUGUGUUUCUUCGUAAUAACUUUUCUUACCGCCAUCGGAUGGGCUGGUAGCGCUGAAAAGAAUAAGUUUCCUUUACGAGCUUGGUACCCAUACAAUGCAAACAAGUCACCAGCGUAUGAACUAACGUAUGUGCACCAAGUAUUCUCGAUAUUCACAGUUUCAAUAUUAAAUGUGAGUCAGGAUACCCUGGUUACCACGCUUAUAGCACAGUGCAGGUGCCGUUUACGCUUAGUAGGACUUUCUCUAAGAAAUUCAUUCAAUGAUCAAUAUUUUACUGAAGAAUCAACUUCAGAUACAAUACUCCUUAAGUCCGAUUCCAAUCCUUUGCACUUUACACCUGACCAAGAGACCAAAGCUCGAAAACAUAUAAAAAGCUGCGCGAUCAGACAUCAGAAGGCCUUGGAGACAGUUUUGCUGCUGCAGAACACCUUCUCGGAGCCGACUUUCGUCCAAUUUGCCGUAACUCUUCUUAUCAUUUGCGCAACUGCUUUCCAACUAGUGACUCAAACUAGUAACUUUGUUCGACUGGUCUCAAUGAGCACCUAUCUUUUGGAUAUGAUGUUCCAAGUAUUUAUAUAUUGCUAUCAAGGUGAACAUCUCUCUUUAGAAAGUGAAGAGAUAGCAGAAGCAGCAUACGAUAUUCCAUGGUACUCCUGUAGCGUGCGCACGCGCAUGUCUAUACUGAUAGUAAUGGUUCGAUGCCGUCGCGUUGCUACGCUUAUUGCAUGCGCCUUUACUACACUCUCUUUGACUACUUUUAUGGCAGUAAGAUCU